AGGCAAAAUUAACGCACACCCACACUGCCACACACACCACUAAAUCCAAAAUCAAUAACGAUUUAUCCCGUUUUUAGCACGUUUUCAAUUUUUCAUCUUCUUCUUAAUAACAUGACAUUACAAAUGAAAUGAAUCUGAAAUGAAUUUGGAUGCCACAUUCAAUUACUACAAUAAUAACAACAACAAAGAUACAAGCAGCAGUAGCAAUAAUAGCAAUGCCAGCUGUUCAUCAUUAAGCUCACCUACACAUUUCACUAAUAAAUCCUCUCCUUUCUCUCGCUGGCGAUUUCACCACCACCACCGCCGUGAAUCCAUUUCAAUCGGAAAGUUAAAGAUAUGUCGUUACUUGAUUCUAUUCAUUUUAUUGUUUUUAUCAGGUGUUGUUGCCUUCGUUUUCGGUCCGUUUUUCGAUAUCUUGUUUCCAUCUCUUUUGGCCCCUGGCUCUGUUUACCGGAGUCAUCAAAUCUUCCAGAACCUUCUAGAGGAUAUUCAGUCUGACACGUCAUCAGAUAUCCAGUUGUCCGAUGUAUGGAGAUAUAAAAUGAGGUUGAAAGAGCAAAAGCCUUGCCUGACACCAACUUCCCGGCAACAUUUAGCAGAGACCGGUAUAACUGAUCAGAAUUACUUGAUUGUGGAGGCAAAUGGAGGUCUAAAUCAACAACGUGGAUCGAUAUGUAAUGCAGUGGCAGUGGCAUUUCUUCUCAAUGCAACACUACUCAUUCCACGUCUCAAUUUUCACAACGUUUGGAGGGAUUCUAGUGAGUUUGGGGACAUAUAUGAUGAAGACCAUUUCAUAGCGACCCUAAAGGAAUAUGUUAAUGUAGUGAGGGAGCUUCCUAAGGAAUUAAUGGAAGAUUAUGAUUAUAAUAUAAGCAAUAUACCAAACUUUCGAGUCCCAGCUUGGGCAUCUGUCCGUUAUUAUCUGGAAGAAGCUUAUCCUGUCCUCAAGGAGCAGAGGAUUCUACGGGUUGCUCCUUUUGCAAAUAGAUUGGCUUCAAGUCUCCCUCCUCCUAUUCAAUAUCUUAGAUGCCUGGCAAAUUUUCAAGCGUUGAGAUUUUCUAGCCCCAUUGCGACACUUGCUAAGGUGCUAGUUAAAAGAAUGACCUUGGAUAGUUCAGAUUCAGGUGGGAACUAUGUUUCUAUCCACCUUCGCUUUGAGGAGGACAUGGUUGCCUUUUCAUGCUGUGUGUAUGAUGGAGGAAAAUCUGAACAACUUCAAAUGGAUUCAAUACGCGAAAAGGGGUGGGGGGACAAGUUUAAACGCAAAGAUUACGUGAUAGAUCCUGGCCGCUUUAGAAUCAGUGGAAGAUGCCCCAUGACCCCUUUGGAGGUAGGGAUGAUGCUAAGGGGUAUGGGAUUUGCAAACACAACUCCUAUUUAUUUGGCAGCAGGAAAAAUUUAUGAGGCUAAUAAAAAUAUAGCUCCUUUGAAGGAAAUGUUCCCCCUCCUGCGUUCAAAGGACUUACUUGCUACUCCAAAUGAGCUUGCACCCUUUCAGGGGUAUUCUUCAAGGUUGGCUGCUAUAGACUACAUUGUCUGUUUCUACAGUGAAGUAUUUGUAACCACACAGGGUGGAAAUUUUCCACAUUUUUUGAUGGGUCAUCGCAAGUUUCAAUAUGGACAUGCAAAGACUAUCAUUCCAGAUAAGCGCAAGCUUGUUGUUUUGCUAGACAAUACAACCCUAAGUUGGCAUGCUUUCAAGAAAGAGAUGCAGGUAAUGCUAGAAGAAAGUGAUCACAAGGGCAUCGCUAUACCAAAAAUUAAGAAAUGGACAAGAAAGAAUUCUAUUUACGCAAACCCUUUUCCAGAGUGUCAAUGUCUUCAAAAAUCAGAAUUUUCCGGAGAAGAAUAAUGUAGUUGUCUCGCAUCCAUUUUCGCAAAAUCUCUUUGCAUUUCCACAUUCAAGUUCAAAUAACAUGGUUAGUCAUCCUUCCCCUCAAAACCUUCUAUCAAAAUUCAUGUACAUAUGAGAUAGAGGUUCCGAAUGAGGUCCACGGUGGAGCGGCAAUUUCGGUCCAUGUACUUGUUAAUGGAUGGAUUUGGGUGUGUUAUAUCGAAACAGGUCAAAUAAAAACUCGGCUCAAAAGGGGAUGGGUCAAAUGGGUUGAUUAAAAGUUACUGAAAGUCAGUUUCAUGCAUACAACCUCUUUAAGCAUUUUUUAAGUUAUUCUUCAUAUAUUUAUUAUUUUUUACUGUAAUCAUAACUCA